AUGUGCGCCUCCAGGCGGCAGCUGUGGUCAGCAUUCCGGCAUGCUGCUCGCCAGUUCUCUGACACGACGACGGUGGCAGCUGGGAACGGGCCAUCGACAUCAUAUGAUCUGGUCACAGGUCAUGGCGCUGCCCUCUUACGGUCCACGUUUUUAGCGCGUGCUUCAAUCAUCUCGAGCCUGCCAAGGCAACGGCAGAUAACAAGGGCGUUGCGCCGUGACACUGAGGCCUUUGCUCGGCAGUGGCGUGACUUCAAAACGGUUGCUCUUGGGUCCGGGGUUGGUGUAACGCAAAGUGGACAGAGCCUUUUCACAGCCCUCCUUCCCCCGGCACUUCUCUGGCUGCUAAUGGUCCUCCCGGCCAGCUACCGAGCCUACGCUUUUCGCCUCUGCGGCCUGUCUGACGUUAGCGCGCAAUUACCAAACAACCACCAGCAGCAACAGAAAUCGAUAUUGAACACGACCUCCUCCGGCGCGGACGGAGACGACGCCGCGGCGGCGCCUUUUCUUGGCGUCCUCCGCGCCUUAUUGCGCCACCUUGGAGUCUCGGACCUCGCACAUGCGGUUGUCGAUGAGGUGCUGUUGGCGACCCGCGCCGCGUACUUGGUGUUGCUGUUCCUGCCUGCGCUGCUUACGGCGCCGCUGGUGUCGCUGAUGGGCGGUGUGGGUCGUGAGCGGUGGCUCGGGCUGGUGCAGUGGACGUUGGAACAUGCGGGUCCUGCGUUCAUCAAGUGGGGCCAGUGGGCCUCCACUCGCCCGGAUCUGUUCCCUGAGGACUUGUGUGCGCAUUUGGAGCGGUUGCAAACUUCGGCUCCCGCGCAUUCCCCCGCGACGUCCAUUGCCGCCGUCGAACGCGCUUUUAGGGCGCCGAUUUCGGAGCUUUUUGACGCCUUCGACGCUCGACCCGUCGCGAGCGGCUCGAUUGCGCAGAUCCACGCCGCAACGUUGUCGGAGCGCGGCGCGGCGCUUGUCGGGGGCGGCGCCGAGGCGGGCGCCCGCGUCGCCAUCAAAGUACGACACCCAGGGGUUUCGGAGCUGAUGCAUCGCGAUUUUAUUUUGAUGCAGCGCGCGGCGGCAGCGUGUUCGCGCAUCCCUGCGCUCCGUGAGCUUCGACUCGAGGAGUCAAUUCGGCAGUUUGGUGGACCGUUGAAGGAGCAGUUGGAUUUGUCAGUUGAGGCGGCGCACCUGCAGCGCUUCAACGCGAACUUUCGGUCCUGGGGCAAUGUCAAGUUCCCGCUGCCCUUAUUCCCUUUGGUAACUCCCGACGUGCUGGUUGAGAGCUUCGAGGAGGGCGACCUCAUCACGCGCUACGUGCGCAACCCCCACCGCCACAACGCCAUGCUAGCCCAGACCGGCGUGGACGUGUUUCUGACCAUGAUGCUGCGGGACAACUUCAUCCACGCGGAUCUGCACCCGGGCAACAUCAUCGUCAAGGAGGCUGACCCGCCCUCGCCUCUGGCCGCCCGCGUGGCUCGCUGGCCCUGGCUGCCCGCCCGCAUCCGCUCCUGGCUCCUGGACCGCUCUCCUCGCGUCGUGUUGUUGGACACUGGGAUGAUUGUCGAGCUGAGUGACUGCGACCAGUCGGCGCUGCUGGGUUUCUUCAGGGCGCUGACCCAGAUGAACGGGAGGACGCUGGCGGCGGAGAUCCUCAACAUGUCGGUAGACGGGACGUGCAAGGAUCCCGCCGCCUUCGCCGCCGAGCUGGAUUCCCUGUUUCGCAACAUGGACCGGGAGCACCUCCGUCGUGAGUCGCAAUCCGUCAUUCGAGAUCUCAUAGAGCGGAUGCGGCAGCACCAGGUGACGUUGCGGCCGUCCGUGUCCACGGUGGUGGUCACCAGCAUGGUGCUGGAGGGUUGGAGCAGCAAACUGGAUCCGGAUGUCCGGAUUCUGGAUACCAUGCGAGACAUGCUGGCCACGGAUUGGGGCGAGCGGAUAGGCAGGACGCAUGGUGUGGUUCCCGUCGUUCCAACUUCCUCGCCUGCCUGUUAUCCCACGUUGUGCUCUCUCUGGGCAUCUCUGGAGCAAAGCAUUAGAAGCGCGCGUGGCCUUGUGCUUGUGUGUCGUAUGCGCAUGCGAGAGCUGGUAACUGCUGGUAACUGCUGAUGGCGCUUGGCUAGCGCACUUUUAUUGAGCUGUGCGGAGAGGUUGUAAACGUAGCUCUUGAUGUGUAUAAACUUGUGGCCAAGCGUGGCUCAGGCACUGUAAGGAUAGCUGUGGGGAGGUGAUGUCGUUUCUUUUAGGGUGGUGUCCUGCUUUGCUGACAUACUUGUUUGUGCAUGGUCCAGUUAUGUGUUGGUUGAGUAGUUGAGUUUGUGACGGGUGGAGCUGAGUUUGCCACAGGUGGAGCAUGUACAACUAUUCUUUUGAUGAAAGAGUAGGCAGACGCGGGCUGGCGGGUUGACUAAGUGGGUUAACCAGGUGGGUGAGUGGGUGGAUGUGUGCGUGCGCAUUGUUUUGUGUGGGUUUUGUUGGCGAUGGCCUAUGUUGCGGAUGGCGGCGCCAGAGCAACAGGAGCACAGGCCAGGUUGGCUGGCAUCAAGGCUGCUGGAUGGCGCUGGCGGGGUUCCGGUGUUUUGCAUCCACUUGCGCGGCGACAGUCCAGUUGCCCGGGUAGCGACUGAAGUACUGCUGUGACUCGUGAUUGAUUGUAGUUUCUGUGAGUAGAGAGAUAUGCCGGGGCUGGAAAAGCCGCGCUCUAGUGCCCUAGUGUGCCUUGACA